AUGGAAAUAGGUGCCUGUUUUCGUUACUAUUUCCAGCACCCGUGGUCGCGUCUCCUCGUGGCCUACCUCGUCACCUUCUUUAACUUCCUCAUCUUCGCAGAGGACCCCAUCUCUCACAGUCAGACAGAGGCCCAUAUGAUUGUGGUGGGCAACUGCUUCUCCUUCCUGUUCAACAAGUACCCAGGCCUUGGAUGGAACAUCCUGAAAGUAAUAUGCUGGAUACUGGCCAUUAUCGCUGGCAUGUUAGCCGGGAAGUUUAUAUUCCACCGCCAGCUCUUUGGUCGAUACCUGCGGCUGAAAAUGUUCCGCGAGGAUCAUGGCUCCUGGAUGACCAUGUUCUUCAGCGCCAUCCUCUUCCUCUUCAUCUUCUCACACAUCUACAACCUUUUCCUGCUGAUGGCUGGGAGCAUGGAGCCUCACAUGGUGACGGAGUACAUGGGCAUCAGGAAUGAGAGCUUUAUGAAGAUUGCUGCAGUGGGGACCUGGAUGGGAGACUUUGUCACUGCGUGGAUGGUGACUGAUAUGAUGCUCCAGGAUCAGCACUACCCAGACUGGGGCAAAACAGCCAGAAGGUUCUGGAAACAGGGCAACAACAGGAUUGUUCUCUUCUGGACAGUGCUCAUCUCUCUGACGUCGGUGGUCGUUCUGAUCAUCAGUACCGAUUGGAUCAGCUGGGACAACCUGAACCGAGGCUUCCUGCCCAGCGACGAGGUCUCCAGAGCCUUCCUGGCCUCCUUCAUCUUGGUCUUCGACCUUCUCAUUGUCAUGCAGGACUGGGAGUUCCCUCAAUUCAUGGGUGACCUGGAUAUGAAUCUACCAGGAAUGUCAACAACGCAUGUGAAGGUCAAGCUUCCUGUCUGCAAGAGUAUCUUUAAAGAGGAGUACCACAUUCAUAUCACAGGUAAGUGGUUCAACUACGGUAUCAUCUUCCUCGUGCUGAUAUUGGACCUGAACAUGUGGAAGAACCAGAUCUUCUACAAGCCCUACGAGUACGGUCAGUAUGUUGGGCCUGGUGAGAAGAUCUUCACAGUGGAGGAGCCAGAAACACUCAGCUUCUUCAACCACAGCACACUCACCUACAAGUGGCGCUCCACCAACAUCAAUCCCGACAGCAACUUAACCUACGUGGAGCGGGACAUGUUCCUCCACAGCCGCUACACCGGAGCCAGCCUGGACAUCAAGUGCCUGGCCUUCAUCCCAAGCCUGGCGGCGUUCGUCCUCUUCGGAUUCUUCAUUUGGUUUUUUGGGCGAUUUCAGGAGAGCGAGACCUUCACGGAAAACCAGGACAAGACGUAUGAGAGGAUAAAGAGAAAGUCGCCGUCGGAGUACAGCAAGGAGAUGGGCGUGACGCCAGAGGAGGUGCACAUGACCAUGAGUGACGGUCUGAAACGAACGGGAAUGCCCAUGCUUCUCUCGGUGGACGGGCCACACUUUGGAGCAACGUCCUCUACGAACUCGACGAUUUCCAUGGAAACCCAAGAGACCCAUCCGAGCAUUGUGAUUGACAGCGCUGAGGAACCAGCAGUCUCUUUUGAUGUCCACAAGCUCUCUCCAUAACGGAAUGAACUCGUGAAACAUUGAACUAUAUAACUGCGGACUGGUUAAAAAUGAGAGCUCAAAAUGCAGUUCAUCAAGAUCUUCACUCGACGUUUUUCAUCGGAUAACGCCAAGCUGCAACAGAAGUUGACCCAUACAUGAGACUCAGGAGAAGGACAAAGCUAUGCUACAUAAUCACCAAAGCCAGUCCUGAUGGCUGUUGCAGUUGCAUUUGUUUGAAUAUAUUUUUGUAAAACUAUCUUUUUAAAAGCCUCUAAAACGGCACCAAUUCUGAUAACAAACCCAUCUUUUAGAACAGAAUGCAAACUUUUAAUUCACAUGGUGCUCGCUCGGAUUUUGCAUUUUCAUAAUUCAAUUUUGUCACGGCAAACUAUUUUGGUGCCUAUAUCAGAGGAGUAUUUCUACAGUCGUGAAACUGCAAUCAGGUGGAUUUUAUUGUAUCACACCAGUGUUGCAGCUACACUAGUGCCUUUAUAUUUCAUAUCUUCAGAUACAGACAGAAACAUAUUCAGUCCAUACAGGCAACAAAACGUAAGAUGUCCUAGUUACGGUCUGCUUUAUUAAUGUCUUAUAUAUGCUUUCAUAUACCGACACUUGUUACCUCAUUAGAUCCUAAGACUUUAUCUUUUUUUUUUUUCAUGUGAGGUCACUCUUACUCUCACUUCUUGUUGAAAUUACAUAAUUAUAAACAUCAAUGUACUUUGAAGACCUAUUCAUAUCUCUUCACUUGAUAUUAGUUGCAGAGAUAAUAAAUGCAAUCAGCUAAGUCAAAUUCAAAUAUCCAACCAACUAGCCACCUCAUGAUUGCUUAUGUUGCUGCUGCAGCUGGACUGAAUACCAAAAGAGUCAGAAAGGUGGUUUUGCCCUUGGCAUAAACAUGUCAUUGAAGUGCAGGGUAGGCUUCUGCUCCAAAGCUCAGGGCUUCUUUAUGUCUAGAUAAACCUUCAAAGUUUUAGAAGCAGCCUGGUAAAUGCAUGGAAAUGUAUUUAUUUAUUUAUUUAUUUAUUUAUUUGACACAUUAUCCUAGUGUAAAAAAAAACGAAUCCCUGACAUUUAACUGCAAUUGAAACCUCCAGUAUGUAUCUUUACACUGGCUUUGAAAGAGUCCACUGCCUUUUUAAAUAUGUUCCUUUGCUAGGAAGUCUCUUUUAAAAUACAUACUGUAUAUAUUUGGUGUUUGUGGUCCAAAACAGUAUGCCUUUCAGUUGUUUUCUGUAAAGUACAAAUACUAACUCAAUUAUGACAACAUUACUAACCGUAUUGCUUUAUAUAAGUUUGGCACAUUUCAGUAAGUACUUUGCAUCUAAAUAUGACCAAAGAUACCAAAUAAUUCAGUACUGAACAAAUAGUGCUGCAUAAGAUGAUAUGCUAAUUCAAAAGAUCUAUUCAUGAUAGACAGAGUGGAAUGAUAUUAUGUGUUCUUGCAUCACUCUGUAUUAUAAUGCACUGUAAUGUGCUAUACUGUCCUGGAAAAAUUAUUUUCCAAAAAGAGGGAACUGUCAAAUCCAGAUCCUUUGCUCCCUAAUAACCCAAUCAUGAUAGAGUUUUGUUCAACAUUAUUAUAAGUAAUGUAGCCCAGGGUUUUGCAGUAUUAAAUUAUAAUCAAUUAAUAAAUUGCAAGCAUUUAUAUAUUUAUAUAGUAAAGUACAAAAAUAAUGAUUAAAAUAUCAUUAAAUUUGCCAAUUAUUGAUUCCAUUUUCAUUAUUCUGUCCUUAAAUGAUAAAUUAAAUUAAAAUAUGUAGUCACAAAAUGUAUUUAUAAAUUUGUAAAGAAAUGACAUUGUAUUCCAUUUACUUGUGUGUCUGCCUAUCAUAAUGCAUCUCACAAUUCAUGUGUCUGCUGCUUUAACAUUUACAGUUUUCAUUUCAGAAUUGCUUGAAUUUAAAGACAUCUCUCUAUAUCUUUAGGAUGUGUAAACGCAUCUUAAAGUGGAAUCUAAUCCAGACAGACCUCUGAUUGGCCAGCUGCUACAGUAGGUAUUGGCCAAUCAGAGCUUCUGCUGCUGCUCUAAGGGGUUAGGUUUCAUUCUUAUAUGUCUUAGUCAAAUAGGUUAUUCAUACACCAUUUCAAUUAACCUCUAAUUAAUUGAUUUAAUAAUCGAUUCAUAAUAGUUUUUAUGUAUUAAUUGAUUAUAUAUAACACUGUUAAACUUCAUUAAAGGAAUGCCGUGUGUGUGUGUGUGUGUGUGUGUGUGUGUGUGUGUGUGUGUGUUGCGUGCGUGCGUGCGUGUGUACAGUACAUUGUGGAGUCAGAGGUGUCUAUUUGUGUCAAUAAAUUGUGUCAGUUUUAUACUUAAUAGUGCAUGUUGUGUGUGUGACUGUGUGUUUGUGUGCUUGUGUGCACUGGAGGCUUGUGAAGUGCGUAAGUGUUUGCUACACUUGUUUUUGACAAAGGCCAUUCUGUGAAGAGGUCAAUUAAUUUAGCAUAAUUGGUUUGCAGCUCUUGGUUUUGUAAUGAUCCUUUUCUACAUUACAGCUCUAUGAGGACAUUAGAUAUUAGUGUCUCACCAAAGGGCAGAACCUCUCUGGACUUGAAGGGGUCUAAUCUGUAUUGUGUUUAAUGUGAAGUGAAAGUGAAGGUUUCCUCUUUGUUAUUACAUCUUUUCAUUGUAUUGUGUUGCAAAACUGACACUUCCUUCAGUUCCUGUGUUUGUGCUUUUUUUCUUAAAGCCGAGGAAAUCUCCUUUCAGUGUUUGCUCAGUGUACUGUACGUCUGUUAAACCUUGUGUUACCAAUAAAUUAAUACCUUUGUUAUCUA